UUUUUACUUCAGGGAAAUCCAGGAAGAUAUGCAUGAUUUUGCUUGUCAGCAGAGAAAUGAUGAAAGCAAUCACAAAGGAAUGUCUAUAAGUCCUAGAAAACAUCUCACUGAUAGAAAAGGUGAACUUGGUAGUGAGCAUGCUGGAAAGGAGCCUAUUAAAAACGGGCUUGGACAGAGGUUUCAGUCACAUCAGGCUGAUAUGACGACGUUUCAAACUGAAGGGAACAUUGAUGAAUGUAAUCCACCUGAGAAGUCUAUCGAUAAUACUUCCUUUGCUUCUCCACUUGAAAGAGUUUUUCCUAGGGUUCAAUCCACUGUUCCUACUGUAUAUAGGAAUGAUUCUAUGCUUCCUUCAAUACUGACAGAUCUGAAAGCGUGCAUGAAAAAUUCUUACAAAUGUACUGAGUGUGGCAAAGCCUUUAGGGUACGUGCAAGGCUGAUGAAUCAUCAGAGAAUUCAUAGUGGAGAGAAACCUUACAAAUGUACUCAGUGUGGCAAAUACUAUAGUGCACUUUCAAGCCUAACUAUACAUCAGAGAAUGCAUACCAGAGAGAAACCUUAUAGAUGUAAUGAGUGUGGCAAAGCCUUUAAGAUGCCUUCAAUCCUCAGUUACCAACAGUCGGUACAUAUUGGAAAGAAACCUUACAAAUGUAAUGAGUGCGAGAAAGCCUGUAGAGUGCAUUCAAACCUAAGUGUACAUCAGAGAUUGCAUACUUUAAAGAAACCUUACAAAUGUAAUAAGUGUGGCAAAGACUUUACUGUCCACUCAAGCCUAACUACACAUCAGAGAAUCCAUACGGGAGAGAAACCUUACAAAUGUAAUGAGUGUGGUAAAUCCUUUAGGGUGCGUUCAAGCCUCAAGUGUCAUCAGGCAGUCCAUACUGGAAGGAGACCUUACAAAUGCAGUGAGUGUGGCAAAGCCUUCAGUUUGCGUGGUAGGCUAACUAGUCAUCAGAGAAUCCAUACUGGAGAGAAACCAUACAAAUGUAAUGAGUGUAGUAAAGACUUUAGUUCAUAUUCGAGCCUAACUAUACAUCAGAGAAUCCAUACCGGAGAGAAACCUUACAAAUGUAAUGAAUGCGGGAAAGCCUUUAUAGUGCAUUCAUACCUAAGAGUACAUCAGAGAUUGCAUACUGGAGAAAAACCUUACAAAUGUAAUGAGUGUGGAAAAGCCUAUCGUGUCUGGGGAAGCCUGACUUAUCAUAAGAUAAUUCAUACUGGACGAGAAACCUUACAAAUGUAAUGAGUGUGGCAAAGGAUUUAGUGUGCAUUCAAGCCUAAGUAAGCAUCAGAGAAUCCACACUGGAGAGAAACCUUACAAAUGUAAUGAAUGUGGCAAAGGAUUUAGUUUGCAUUCGAGCCUAAGUAAACA